GCUGCUGCUGCUGCUGCUGCUGCUGCUGCUUUGACGCUGGGGUUUCUGUGCAAGCUAUUCUAGAGAUGCUCCAGGGGGCAGUGAGCGGGGUGAUGCUCGGCCUGUCCUGCUGCCUCCUGUUAUGGGUCUGCGCACCAGCAGAUGGUGGAGGUCCAGUCAGUCCAGUCGGUCCUUUUCCUUCUUUUACUCCGGUUGAGGAAUCUGUGGAAGCAGACUUUGAGGACUGGGAGUUAGGCUCUGGAUCGUCACCCUUCCAUCUGUUCCACAGCUUCCCAGCUGACAGCCCCUUCACCAAGGAGACCUCGGGGAAACCCAUCAACUGCACCCAGCGCUUCUGGCUCCCACCAUAUUCUACAGCCUGCUGGGAAAACCUGGCAGAACCUGAGGAGUUUGCCAAGUGUCGUCUGCUUGUUCUGCAGAACAGGGCAGCACUGCAGGCGGUGUCUGCCUCCAGUGGGGUGGAGGACGGAGGGAUGUCUUAUGACCUCCAGGCCAGAGAGGAGGUCGAGGGGAUCCGUUCAGAUCACCUCAAUGUUACAGAAACUGUGCAGUUCAUGGAGAGAGUGUUUGCUGCACUGGAGGAAAAGAGGAAAGAAGGAGAAGAGCAAGGAAUUCUAACAAGAAUGAAGGAGCGUCUUUCCAACACUAGAGACACCAUGGACGUCAGAGAACACACAGCAAACCACCUGGAGACACAGUUUUCUGUUUUAGAGAAGAAUCUGCUGAACAUGCAGCUGAGACUCAGUAAACUCAACCAACAGUGACCAGUCACCACACUUAGUGAACUGCUUUUCUAUGAAUAAAUGUCCAUGUUGCAGACAUGUUCAGAUCAGGAAAGCUGUAGCACAAUAAUAAACCACAGUAUCAUUGUUAUUAUGUCACUGACGUGUAGAAGUUAAGUGUUUGUCCUGGUCUGCAAAAAUGAAUAAACCUCACGUCACAGCAGGUUUCAAAGUUGUUGUUGGGUUUUUUUUCCACCGUUUCCCAUUAAUUGUUUUAAUUAAAUUACAAAACAACAAGACACAAACAUGUUAAACUACUAGUUGCAAUUUAAUAUCAAAACUAAAUGACUAAUCUGCAAACACACACGCAAUUUAACUGUACAGGUUGUCAGUGGUUACACACUGGCUAAGGUUGAGUGUGAGUCUCUCUGUGAGCUGCGAGGCCACAAACCCGAGGUAUCAGUUCAGAACACGUUCAAGUAUUUAUGGUAAAACUCAAAACUUUACAGUACUUUCUUGUACAGAUGAUGGAACCGUGCACAACAUCAGUGUAUGACAACAUUCCUGGAGUGAGCAGCCAACACACGCUAACGUAACUAAUGAGACAUCUAUGGAGCUAGACAGCCUGAAGCCGGGCUGCAGUGGGACUGUUAAUGACAUGCACCAGAGCAGUCACAUGCUUUAUCAACUUUUCUCCUCUAAAUGGG